AUGGAUCUGGAGUAUAUCGAGCUCGUCAUUUUGACAAAAAUUCUAUCCAACUCAACUCCUCUCGAUGAGAUCAAGGCCGCUCUUUCAAGUUACCCAGAAGAUAACGAUUUCCGUAAGAAGUGUGAGAUAGCGGUGGCGGUGAGGGAAGGAAGACCAAUGGAUGUGGUUUUGAUCACGGUGUCGUUGAUUGGAGCAGAUUUUUUGGAUGGUUUCCUAGUAGAAAAUUUGGGAUCGAGGAGCAAGCCAGAGACUCCGCCCCAUUCCAUGGCGCUUCCCGAAUCAAAGGAGCCAAAAAACUGUUUGAACAACGCGGACCGCGCCUACAUCCACCUGAAAUACAAGGAAAUGAACGAACACGUUCCGAUUGAUGAGAAGAGAAAAAUUGCGCAACACCUUGGGGUCACCUUGAUAAAAGUUCAAAACCGUAUAAGCUAUCUGACUAGGCACUCGCAGAAAUUGCAAGGAGUUGAGAAAAAGAGAAGACUGAACAAAUCCGAACGCGAAUACAUCACUAAGGAAUACCAGAAAAACGAUGGACAACUCACCGGGGAGCAGAAAAAGGAAAUAGCGAAGCACCUCGGCCUACCUGUGAGAAAAGUUCAAGGUCGUGUAAAUCGUAUGAAAAGUUACGAACACGAAAAGAGGAAAAAGACAGUUAAGCAGAUCCUGGACAAUUAUCAGAUAUCAUAUGAGCAGUUGGUGGAGAGCGAUAAGGAGUAG